AUGCCGCCAACUGCAUCCAUAGCGGCUUUGGCGUCCGACCCGACCUUGACCCCCACGCCUACGCCGAUCAUCGGCGCUCCGGAAGUGGACGGAGACAACUGCAAACUUAUGGGUCCCUUUGCGCUGUUCGUACAGGCCGUCAUGGGCAUCCUCGUCAUAGGCUCUCUCGUUUACAAACGACAGAGAGAAAAGCCGAAACGCAAAUGGAAAAUCUGGGCGCUCGACGUUUCUAAGCAGAUGCUCGGCCAACUCUUUGUUCACAUCCUCAAUAUCGUCCUUUCGGACUUUGUUGCCAGCGGAGGAGGUGAAAACCCUUGCUCGCUCUACUUUCUCAACAUCCUCGUCGAUACCACUUUGGGCGUAUUCUUCAUCUACAUCGCCUUGAAGUACGUCACGUAUUUCCUCACCGAACGACUCGGCUUGGAGGGCUUCAUAUCCGGUCAAUACACUCCACCGCUACCUAGCAUUGUUCCUGCAUCAUCCACCGGUCCCAGCACAUCGGCGCAGUCCGGUUCUUCGCGCAGGGCAUUCCGCAGAGGCAGACCCAGGAUCGAGUACUGGUUGAAGCAGCUGGCUUCGUACCUUUUUGUGCUCUUCCUCAUGAAGAUGGCGGUGCUUGUUGUCUUUGGCUUCUUUCCAUUCCUCUUUGACGUGGGCUCAUGGAUCUUGGGCUUCUUUGGUAGCAACAAGGACUUCCAAGUGCUGUUCUCGAUGGCCUUAUUCCCGCUCGCUAUGAACGUAUUGCAGUUCUGGCUCAUCGAUUCCCUCCUCCGCCACAAUCCUUACACAUCGGCUUACUCCAAGAUCAAUCCGGACGACCAAGAAUUUCUCAACAGCUCUGAUAGUAUCUCUCACGAGUCUCGCCAACCUGCCGAGGAUGUCGGCGGUCGCACACAUUCAAUAGGGGAAGAUAGCGACGACGAAACAAACGACCUAGAUAAACAGCACAUUCAACCGUACGCUUCUGGCCCAGGCCGAUCCAGACGAAGGCCUUCCCCACAGAGGUCUGUCACCUCGGAUCAGCCUUACGACUAUCCUCCACCGACAGAUUUGUACGGCUCAGUGCACAAGUCGCCUCCUCUGAGGCCCUCUAGACCUACGGACGACAUGCGACGCCAAGCUAGCCUGACGCUUUCGGAUGCUGGCUCGGAUACAGAAUCGGGUAGUCAGAGCAUACACCAGACUCUGUUUAAUAGCAAAGCCUCUCUACAACCGUCUGAGACGCACCAUCUCAAACAGGUCAGCAGAGACGGCAGCAGCAGCAGCAGCUGA